UAUGUCAAUAGUGCCAGAAUCGAUGUGAGUGAGAGAGGCUGUUUUAGCGAAUAUUCAUGGAAAAUGCCGCCCUCCUUGGUGAUCCUAGGGGGUUUGGUGUUCCUGGGAUGUUUCAGUGUUUCCAUGUCCUACCUGAAUCUGUAUAUGGACGCCGCGGAGACUUUACGAUUGUUGGGCAUAACUGCGGAGUUGUAUUAUGUGAGAAAUGGCAUCAUCAAUAACUACGCCCUGACCUUCAACUUGCCAUUGCCGCCAGACAUUGACGAAAUCUACUUCACAUGGCAGAGACUGCGAGAACAACCAGCAAUGUUUUACAGAAUGAAGUUCACAGUGCUUCACGACCGGGCUCUGAUGCUGCCCGAGGCCAAUAUAUCUAAUGAAGGACAGGUGCCCAGCACAUUGUCAGUGUUCCAGGUUCGUCUACCCUGUACAGGUGAGAUGAGCGCCCAGGUAGACGUCAUCAUACAGAUGAACAUCAGCAUAUUCUCAGCAUCUAAUCUCACAGUACUCAACUUCAAGAGGCGGAAAACGUGCAUCAAAGUGACCGAUGGCGCCUAUGUGAGAGACUACCCAUUCACACAGGGAGAUGAGGACUAUGUGGAAGCAGAGGAUCGAGUUGGCAGCCUAACGACGUCGACACAUAUUUUCUAUAUAGCAGUGGGAUGCGCCUGUGCAAUUAUUCUCCUGAUUGCGUUAGCAGUGGCAGUUUACUACCUUAAUUCACAGAAGAGCAAUGACAGGUACACUAAAAGGAUGAACUAUUAUGACAGCAGCAGCUCUCAAGCUCUUACUGCCCAAAGUCAGACGUUUCUCCGCCCUGACACGCCAAACAAUGCAAGUGGGGCAGGUCUCCCCAACUUUAGGCGAGGUAUCUCCCCCGUCACGGAGCUGAAGCCCACAGACAUCAAGUCCGUGUUGAGUGAGAUUGCUGUGGAGAGGAAGAGGAUAGCACUGGGGGAACUUCUCCUCGAGGGUACCUUUGGACGUAUCUACCUGGGGACGUUGAUUGGUGAAGAUGAGAAUGAAGUCAGCAUGGAACAAGAGGUUUACAUAAAAACAUUAACAGACCAGGCCCGAGGAGACCAGGUGCAGGUGUUCCUGACAGAGAGCUGUAUGUUGAAGGGUUUCAUCCAUCCGAACAUCAACCCCGUGAUCGGGGCGUGUGUGGAGGGGGAGAGUCAGCCCUUCUUGGUUUACCACUACUCUAAUGAGGGCAAUCUGAAAAAGUUCCUCCUCAAGUGUCGGAUGUCGGAGUGUGGGUCUCGAUAUACUCUUUCAACACAACAACUUGUAUAUAUGGCCAUACAAAUCAUACGCGGCAUACAGUACUUACAUCGGAAAAAAAUAAUUCACAAAGAUAUAGCUACGAGGAAUUGUGUUGUGGACGGCGACUUUGUUGUGAAGUUGACGGACAACUCCCUGUCACGUGAUGUAUUCCCCAGUGAUUACACGUGUCUGGGAGACAACGAGAACCGCCCGGUCAAGUGGCUAGCAGUGGAGGCGCUGUUGGAGAGGAGGUUCUCCCCCGCCAGCGAUGUGGUAGGUUGGAGAUGUGGAGGUGUGGUAGGUUACUGUGGAGGUGUGGUAGGUUACCGUGGAGAUGUGGAGGUAUGGUAAGAUACUGUGGAGGUG